GCAAUCCUAAUUUGUUGUUAUUGCGUUGAGCGACAACAACGCUCAGCACCAACAAGAACCACGCCAGCAAUUUGUCACUCAUCCUUUUUAUGCAUUUUCUAUAUUCAUACACAACAGUUUAAACAUUAUGGUAGUGUAUGUGUGUGCGACGACAGUACGAGAGAAGCAAGCCGAGAGACACGAAGCCUUGAAAACAGAGAUAGAUAGACUUGAAAAACAGUAAAAAUAAAAACAAGCGCAUCUCGGCGAGCAUCAAAAUUUAUCAAGUGAAUUACGAACAAACGGAGGGAACCCAGGGGCAUUCAUGAGCAGUGGCCAACAGGGACAACAACAAGUGAUGGCAGAACAGAGGAACUGAGCAACCAGAAGAGUGUUACUAAGCAGCCGCAAGACAUUGGAUACGAAACGGAGCAGAAAGGGUAGCCAACAAACGCCCAUCCCAACGAAGGCGGUGGAGGAAGGUGAGAAGGAAAGCAAAGGAACGCAACGGAACAACCGAUUUGAUAUAUGUGUAUGCAAACGUCCUUGGGGAAGUGGCACUGGCUGUGGCGGAAACAGGAGCACAAGCAGAAGCAGCAGCAGAAGGAGAAGGACGAGGGACAGGUGACAUCCGACUACACAGAAUUACAGUAAAAGGUGUGCCUGAAACGAUGGCAACAGCAACAAAAGCAGCUCCCACAUUGCCCGCAGGAACCGGAGGAGAUAGCGGAGACACCGGGGGAGCAGGCAUAGGUGGCCCCACUGGCGGAGCUGACGUUGGCAUCGGUAUUGGCAUUGGCGGCACCAUCGGCAUCGAGAUGCUUAAGGCGCUGUACGACUUCCAGGCGGUCUAUCCCAAGACCAUAAGCUUUGAUGAGGGAGAGUACUUCAUCCUGUACCAGACCUCCGCUCGCCAGCGGAAUUGGUGGCAGGUGGUCAGCAUGAAGGGUAACAUCGGGUUCGUGCCCUCCAAUUACGUAAUGAAGAUUAAGGUGGAGCACGACUUCCUCAUCAGCUUUUUGAACUCAUCGAUCGAGUCGCUGGAGAAGUGUACAGACAACGAGAUCAAUGGCAUUAUGUCCAAGGACGAACUGCUGGACAGGCUGCGCGAGAAGAAGCACACCAUGGAGCGGCUAUAUGCGGAGAGCUCUGAACGCGACGGUGACUCCUCGCUUUCGUAUUCGCACAGCUACAGCGACAAGGGCAGUCAUCGGCACUCGCAUCCCCACCCAGUCCAAUCCCAGACUCAGCUCCACUCCCAGCACCGGCAGCAUAGUCCGCCGCCGAGCGGUGGUAGUGGCGGCGGAAGCGGAUCCCACCGACUUGACAUGACCAAAAAGAGCAUGUCCAGCCCGGCAGUGGGAUCCUCGUGCGGCGCAGCAUCAAGCCAGGGCAUGGUGGAGUCGCCCAGCAUGGGCAGCAUGCAGUUCCAUGGCAGCAGCUGCACCAUCCAGACGCCUCAACAGCAGCAGCCGCUCCCAGCACCACCGGCUCCAGCUCCAGCACAAGCUCCUGCUACACCCACAACAGCCGCUGCCAAGACGGCUGGGGAUGUGGCGCAGGAUAACAGCAUCACUUCGGAGCCGUCGGAGACGACAACGACCACCACCACGACCAGCGAGGAUGUGGUGACCACUUACAAAGAGACCAGCCAGAUGAGCACCAGCCAACACAAGCCCCUCAACGGCAGCACGGCGUCUGCCUCCAUAUCCGCCUCCGCCUCAGCUUCGGCCGUGCGCAGUGCCGGCAACGGCAGUGGCGGAAGGGGGAGCACGGGAGCCCUGCAUCAGGAUUUGCCGCCGGAGGAGGCGGACAGUGCGCCCGACAAGUCGGAUGAUGCGAGCGCCGUGCCAAGCGACGAUGGAUGUCAGGCUAACGGUGACAGUGCGGACAAUAGCCAGGCACUGGACAGCAUCGAGAGUCCUUCGCACCGGGCACAAGGCGGCAGGGAAGCCGAGGAAGGAGCUGCUGGUGGCAGCAAUGGCGCAGCUAACUACACUCGGGGACAGCUAAAGGUGGAGUCCUCGGAUGUGUAUCAGAUCGUGGACGCGUUGCGACGCAACACAAACCUUAGCUUUGAUCUGUCUUGCGAGGCGCUGCGCGUGGUGCUGACCAGCCUGGAGCAGUUGUACAAUGGAGCCAUCAACCCGUACCUGGAAGCGGUGGCCGUCCAUGUCACCGGCAAGGUAGCCACGCCCAAGGAGUUACUGGGCAUCACGCACGAUGCCAAACGGCUGCAGUACCUCUUCGCCCAGCUGGCUGACUGCAAGAACGAUACGGAGCAGCGAACCUGGAUGCUGUAUGAGGAUGAGGAGGACAUUAUUCAGUUCCUCGAAGAGCUGGUCGAGAUUCUGAACAACGCUGAUGAGAACAUUAGCUGCUAUGAAAUGUCCUGUGACCAGUACCAAAUGUUCAUCAACCUGGUGCAGUACUAUCAGAUGGAGACCCGCUGGUCCAUCAAGCGACUGCUGCUCAAGACUUUCACGGCCGCCUGCCACUUGGACUAUAUUAUUGUGGACAUACUGCUAACGUCAGUGCUGCCGCUGGAGAUAGUGGAGGACAUGAAGACGCAUUUCUCCAAUCUGGAUCGCUUCAAGCAGCUGGUUAAGAUGCUAACCAUAAUUUUCUCGCUCGGACAACUUAUGCCAGUGAACCAUCAGGACUAUUUGGGCGUGCACUUUGCUAGCUUCUUGCUGGAGAUCGUCGAGGGAAACAACCCAGAGCACCUGGUGGACAUGGUCAUUGCCCUUAUACUGGCCUUUAACCAGCAGUUUAGUGAGCACACGUUCAAUGUUAUUAUUGAGGCGAUGCAGAACCUGCCCUCCGCCAAGGUCUUCACGGAGAAGCUGCUGCUCCUGCUCAAUCGGGAGGACGAUCCCACGCGGCUUCUCAAGCACCCCAACGAGCACAUGAACACGGUGCUGCGCAUGUUCAUCGACAUAUUUAGUCAUCCGGACACGGCAGGCAUGUUCUACACGAACGACAUCAAGGUGCUUAUCGAUAUUGUGGUGCGUCAGCUGUCCGACUUGGAUGCGGGAAGUUCGACGCGACCAUGCUACUUGGAGCUGUGCCGACGCAUUCUGCGCAACACGAAUUACCAGGAGCAUCAGCACCGCAAGCACGAUCUCAUGAAGAUCUUCACGCGCAUCUUUUGUGAGGAGACGGAGUGCAGUGCCUCCGAUCAGCAGCUAGUGCGGGAAAUAGCCAAUGAGUUUCCGCAGCUGUUCAAGGCCUAGAAAAACCCAAAGCUCAAAGCCCCAACCAAGCCCAAACACUCGAAACCAAAUUUGUAAAGCGUUGCUAGUGAGGCGAGCCGACCAAGCGAGCCAACCGUAAAAUCCAAACUAAUUUCGAUUUUAAUCAAUGAA